GGACAAGUUUCAGUGCUUAUAUAAGGACUUGAAUAAUGACAAGAAGAACCACACAGUCACAGAGAGAGAGAGAGAGAGAGAGAGAGAGAGAUAGAGAUGAAGAGGCUUGAAGGAGAAGUGGUGCUCAAAAUCCCAGCAGAAAAGGCAUGGGAGAUGUACAGAGACGAUGAGAUCAUUAGCAAAAUCAACCCUGAAAUGCUUGCCCUCGCUCAAUAUGUUGAAGGAGAUGGCAGCCCUGGAAGUCUCAGGCUUUUCAAGCUUGGCCCUGCCAUAUGUAACUAUGUGAAGGAAUCAAUGGAGAAGAUAGAGAAGGUAGAGAAGGGAAGAUCAGUAACAUACAGUGUGAUAGGAGGUGAGCUUAAGAAGAUGUAUGAUCCGUACAAGGUUACCUUCUCAUUCACUCCUGUGAAAGGUAAAGAAAACGAGCAAUGUUUAGCUGCAUGGAAAGCCGAGUUUGAGCCAUUGACUCCGGCAACCCCUCUGCCAGAGAAAGCAAGGGAUGCUGCCGUCGGCUUCCUCAGGUGCUUCGACAACUUUGGGCGUGCCUAGCUACUAAUUAGUUUACUUCUUGUUGUGGUGGGUGUGGUUUUUUGCUUCAUGUCUAACACCUGAAUGAUGUUUGUAUGAAAAUUGUCUAAUAAUUUCUAAUUUAAUGAAUAUGAAUCAAAUGAUAAUGGAGUCUUUUUAUAUAUAAACA